UUUGUUCGGUAAGCACAGCAGUAAAGUUAUAAACGGCGGAAGGCCAUAACAACUGCCAAGUAAACCAAACUAAACAACCAAUCAACCUGUUUAACAGCGCACAGCACCACAAAACAAAGAACAAAACCCAAAGGGCCAAAGAGAAAAAGAAGAAGAAGACUAACCACAGACAGACAGAUAAACAGAAUCAAAGAAGAAACACAGAAAAUUCUUUGGAGAAUUAGGGAUUAUUAUCGAAAACCUUUCGAAUAUUAAUGGCAAAAGUGAAAUAAAAGUUUGAACAUUACUAAAUUCGAGAUUGAAAAUUCUUUUCCCCACCAGCAAAUUGAGGUGAUUUCGUGAGCGUGUAUGAUUGUUUGUGUGUGUACAAGUGAGACUGAGUGUAAUUGUUAGUACUCGGCCAGUUAGUGGUAAAGUGAGGUGUAGUAACAUUAACAUAAGUGGUGGAAAGGUAUUUUUCGUUUCUUUCACUGUGUGUUUUUGGCAAGUGUCAAAAAUAUAUGCCACACAAACAAAUCUACUGUCACUUCUCCCCAACAUUCGGUUAUCGUACGUUUGCCUUGGUGGUGUAAAGCAGAAAGGCCACACAAAACAAAGUUAAAGAAGAGAAAGAAAACUAGAAGAAGAAGAAGAAGAAAAAAUCGGAUAAGUGAAUGAAAUUAAAGAAAAUACUCCACAAAGUGUAAUAUUCGGCAGUGAAAAUAGUUAAAAAGUCCCAUUAACCUCCCUGAAACGUAAAGCAGCGAUCUCCUGUCGGGAGUUUAAGUGCCAAAUAAAAGAAUUAACGCUUACACAAAACAGAAAAUCAAACAAAAGAAACCUCGAUUUGUUAUUGCUUUGUUGCUCUGUGUGAGUGUGAGUGCGUGUGUGAACGUCGAAGUUUUGAGACCAUAAAACGCGUGCCAUGAUUUUGACAGCAUGCGUUAACCCAGAGUCGGGCUUGCUGCUUUUAUGCAUCCUCAGCCUUAGCUUUGCGGGAUCCUCCAAUAACGACCAUGGCGGCCAAGGAACUGGAAUAGAUGAGGGCGCUGCUGUCACUGGUGGUCGACGACCAGUGGCCGGAGGCAAUGACGUCUUUACAAGUUCAUUUUUAGUUCGCUUCCGGCGCAGUGUUGACAAUGAUUUCGCCCAUUCGGUUGCCCAUAAAUACGGAUUUGAAAAUCUAGGAGCGCUGGUGGGCGGCAAAGGUCAUGAAUAUCACUUCAAACAUCGUACUUUGCCCCAUGCACGUUCCCGUCGAAGUAUCACUCACACACGUCUUCUCAAGAGUCAUCCCAUGAUUCAUACUGCUGUUCAGCAGCCUGGUUUCAAGCGUGUUAAGCGGGGUCUACGACCAGCUGUACAUGCGAUUCAUGGCCUAAAAUUUGAUGCUACCUACAAUACACAAUCGAGUACGGAGAGCACCGAGCCCACAGAUCCUUACUUUCCAUUUCAAUGGUAUUUGAAAAAUACCGGUCAAAAUGGGGGCAAAGCCCGAUUAGAUUUAAAUGUUCAGGCUGCUUGGGAUCAAGGUAUCACCGGGAAAAAUGUUACAACCGCAAUAAUGGAUGAUGGUGUCGAUUAUAUGCAUCCGGAUCUUAAAUUUAAUUAUAAUGCCGAAGCCAGUUACGAUUUCAGCAGCAAUGAUCCAUUCCCUUAUCCACGUUACACUGAUGAUUGGUUUAAUAGUCAUGGAACACGUUGUGCUGGUGAAGUUGCUGCUGCUCGCGAUAAUGGAAUUUGCGGUGUUGGCGUUGCCUAUGACAGUAAAAUUGCAGGUAUACGCAUGUUGGAUCAACCCUAUAUGACGGACUUGAUAGAGGCCAACUCGAUGGGCCACGAACCGCACAAGAUUCACAUCUACAGUGCCUCAUGGGGUCCCACCGACGAUGGCAAAACUGUGGAUGGACCUCGCAACGCCACCAUGAGAGCCAUUGUCCAGGGCGUCAAUGAGGGCCGUAAUGGAUUGGGCAACAUAUACGUCUGGGCUUCGGGCGAUGGCGGCGAGGAGGAUGACUGCAAUUGCGAUGGCUAUGCGGCCUCCAUGUGGACAAUAUCCAUUAACAGUGCCAUAAACGAUGGCCAAAAUGCCCAUUACGAUGAAAGCUGUAGCUCCACUCUGGCCAGCACCUUCAGCAAUGGAGCCAAGGAUCCCAACACCGGGGUGGCAACAACAGAUUUGUAUGGCAAGUGUACGACAACCCAUUCCGGGACCAGUGCAGCCGCACCGGAAGCAGCUGGCGUAUUUGCGUUGGCCUUGGAAGCAAACCCUGAGUUAACUUGGCGUGAUAUUCAACAUUUGACUGUUCUAACUUCGAAACGUAAUUCUCUUUUUGAUGCCAAAAAUCGUUUCCAUUGGACCAUGAAUGGAGUAGGCCUUGAAUUUAAUCAUCUGUUCGGUUUUGGCGUUUUAGAUGCCGGCGGCAUGGUAACAUUGGCCAAACAGUGGCACACCGUACCGCCAAGAUAUCAUUGCGAGGCAGGAGAUAUUCAAGAGACACAUGCUAUUUACUCAGGUCGUUCCAUGUUUCUGGAAAUUAAGACAGAUGCCUGCAAGGGAACCGACACCGAAGUAAAUUAUUUGGAACAUGUUCAGGCGGUGAUUUCAGCAAAUGCAUCACGGAGAGGCGAUUUGGAGUUAUUCUUGACAUCACCGAUGGGAACAAGAUCUAUGAUUUUAUCACGUCGUGUCAAUGACGAUGAUCAUCGUGAUGGAUUUACCAAAUGGCCAUUUAUGACAACACACUCAUGGGGUGAAUAUCCUCAUGGUACCUGGAAACUGGAGGCUCGCUUUAAUUCAAAUCAACCUCGUUCCGGCUGGCUAAUCGAUUGGUCACUGGUAUUACACGGCACAAAAGAGGCACCCUAUCGAACAUUAUCACCCGCUUCACCUCACUCAAAACUGGCCAUUGUCAAGAAGGCCCACGAGGAGAAGAAAAUGCAAUAAUUCGUUCAGGCCAAAGCAACGCCAACAUAAAACAACUCAAAUAGGAGAGAUUCAGGGGCUACCAAGUAAAACACCAGCCUUUACAUUGGCUAUGCUGGAAUUAGUAGAACGCGCGUGAUGUAUUACGUCAAGGAGAGACACUAAUCAACCAACCAAACAACCAACCCACUAACCAACACACAUUCCAAACCACAUUCAGUAACAGAAGGCCAAUUGAAUUCAGUUUCGAAAUUUACAAAGUUACAAAUUUACAUGAGAAAAACCAAAAAAAAACAACAAAAAAACAGAAGUUCUUAUAAAAGAGAAAACUAACGAAAAGUGCAAUGAGAUAAUGAUAUAGACAUGUAUGUAUUUAUGUACUAAUUAGGUAAAUGUGAAUGGAUAAAAACACUAUAUAAUUAUAUAAUUGAGGGAAUUGAAUAGUUGUUGAAGUACAUAUUUGAGAAAUAUUGCAUAUGGUUAUUUAAAACUAUUCUGAUUUUGUUUAAAAAAAAAGAACAUUUCUUUCCGAGUAUGUGUGUAGGAGGUUUAAAAACGAAAAUAUUUGAGUAGUAGAAAAAUAGUCAAGGAAAAAAGAAAUGAAUGGUUUUGUUAUACAUAUUUAAUUGAAGAACGAACAUAAUUUCAUGAAAAAAAGUUGUAUAGUGAGUAUACAGUUUCCAUAAAAAAUCAAAUUCCCAACUAGGUUACUAAAGAACUUUAUAAGGGUUCUUGUUGCCCCAAGAUGUAAAUGAUUCUAUUACGGUUUUUCUAAAGAUUCUUGUUCGGCAAAAUUUAAAUAAUUUCUUUCCAAAUGAUACUAAAUUUUGAACUCACAUUAAAUUAGAAAUAUUAACAAUUGUAUUGUAUAAUUUGUUAGGACUAUUCCCCAUGUUUCGGCUUCCCAAAUGGCAAAAGGUAAAAUGUUAUUUUUCUCAUUUCAUGCAACCUUGCUAUGUCGUUGCUUGGAUCUCUAGUUUAAUAAGAUUUCUAUAUACUAAGAGCAACCUCGUGAUUUAAAACAUUAAAGGAAUAUGGAUUAAAGGAUAAAGGCAAUCAUUUAUUCUUUUAUAUUUUGUGAUUUUGGAAACCGAAACAUGGGUUGUUAAUUGCUUUAAGCAUCUUUUUAAAGUUCUUCAUAAUUUCUAUCCGAAAAUUAUCUUUUGUGGUUAUACAUUGGGGGGUGAUAUGUUUGAAUCUUUCUGAAAAUUUUGUUCUCUUUGUUUUUAUACCAUUCCAAUUGUAUUGAAAACUUUUCUGGUGUAUUUACAGUAUAUGUUCAUAACAAUAAUUAAAAUAGAAAUCUAGACAUAAAGAAUGUUUUAGUGCGCACCCUUCACAUUUGUCCCAGAAACACAAAUCUUUCUCUAACGUUUGAGGGAAAAACUCCCUGAGUAGACCAGUACCCCAAUCUAGACAACAUGGUACCCAUUUCGUUAUAACAAUCGUAUGAGCAACAUAUUGCCUAAGUUCGGAAUGAGUUUGGAUGCCAAACAUUUAUUCUUCGGAAUAAUGUAAUGUAAAAUUCAACAUUCACUCAAAAAUAUUAUUAUCUUUGUAUUUAUAUUUAUUGGAAGAAUCUGAUUGAGUUUUUGCUUAUUUCAGUUAAAUUCUAUGCUUUGGCACCUUAAAAUGUUAUCCUUUCUCUAUUAAGUAACAAAUUAAUUAGUGAUACAAAUUUCACUUCAGUAAAAACCCUAGUGAAUAUUCAACUAUUUCCAAUAUAUUCAACGACGUUU